AUGCUUCAACUCUCGAUUAAACGUUGGUUCAAGAUUGAAAAUUCCAUCUUCAGCAACAGAGAUAUCGACACUAGCAAAAGAGAUAUCCACACUAGCAACAGAGAUAUCAACACUAGCAACAGAGAUAUCCACACUAGCAACAGAGAUAUCAACACUAGCAACAGAGAUAUCGACACUAGCAACAGAGAUAUCGACACUAGCAACAGAGAUAUCCACACUAGCAACAGAGAUAUCCACACUAGCAACAGAGAUAUCCACACUAGCAACAGAGAUAUCAACACUAGCAACAGAGAUAUCCACACUAGCAACAGAGAUAUCCACACUAGCAACAGAGAUAUCCACACUACCAACAGAGAUAUCCACACUAGCAACAGAGAUAUCCACACUAGCAACAGAGAUAUCCACACUAGCAACAGAGAUAUCCACACUAGCAACAGAGAUAUCCACACUAGCAACAGAGAUAUCCACACUAGCAAAAGAGAUAUCCACACUAGCAACAGAGAUAUCGACACUAGCAAAAGAGAUAUCGACACUAGCAACAGAGAUAUCCACACUAGCAACAGAGAUAUCCACACUAGCAACAGAGAUAUCCACACUAGCAACAGAGAUAUCCACACUAGCAACAGAGAUAUCCACACUAGCAACAGAGAUAUCCACACUAGCAACAGAGAUAUCAACACCACCAACAGAGAUAUCGACACUAGCAACAGAGAUAUCCACACUAGCAACAGAGAUAUCGACACUAGCAAAAGAGAUAUCGACACUAGCAACAGAGAUAUCCACACUAGCAACAGAGAUAUCCACACUAGCAACAGAGAUAUCCACACUAGCAACAGAGAUAUCCACACUAGCAACAGAGAUAUCCACACUAGCAACAGAGAUAUCCACACUAGCAACAGAGAUAUCCACACUAGCAACAGAGAUAUCAACACCACCAACAGAGAUAUCGACACUAGCAACAGAGAUAUCGACACUAGCAACAGAGAUAUCCACACUAGCAACAGAGAUAUCAACAUGAUCAAUAUCAACACAGAUAUCAACGCAGCAUAUCAACAACAGCUUUCGUAA